GCUCUCAUCAACUGCCUCACGCACUCUUUCUCUCCUCACCGGACUGUUUUUUCUCAUCUAAACACCACACUUCGCUGUUAAUCUUGGAACUACCCGACCAGGCUCCAUUAAGAAGAGAAAAUUGAAGAGGGUCGAGUAUUUGGUGGCGAAGUAGCAUACCAGAAACAUCUCCUUGGGAUUCUUUGGAUUAUCAGGAAUAGAGUUGUUCAAUCUGAACUAUCAUUAUGGAGGGCAUUUAAACAAAACACCCCAAGCACAAUACGUAGGGGGAAGGAAACAGUCUCAAUGAAUAUAGAUCCUGAUAAAUUGGAUUUUUGUUGGCUGUUUAGUUUGCCUAUAGAGAUGGGAAUUGAUGAUGAAAUUGAGGAGAUUUAUUACCUUGUCCCUGGGGAGUCGUUAAAUGCAGGUUUGCAUAAGCUUAGUGGUGAUAAAGAUGUGAUAGAAAUAGGCAUAUUGGGUAUGCAAGUAGGUGUGGUUGACUUAUAUGUUGUGCAUAAGGGUGAUGAAAAUCAGUACAAUACCUCAAUCAAAUACCCUACCCAUUCCCUUUUCCCUGAAGACGAAGAGGGAAUGGGUAAAACUCAGAAGGAGAACAAAACUCUAGAUGGGAUGACGGCUUUGAAGAACCUGAGCAUCCAUAUUUAGAGGGUCUGGAUGGAGAAAAAAGUGAUACGAGUGAUGAAGAAUGGACUGAAGCUAGAGAUAGAGUGGAGAAGUGGAAUAUGAAAACAAUUGAAGAAGUCAAACAAGCUAUUGUUCAUAUGGAAGAGGGCACGUCUGCGGGAGAACAAGAAAAUUUCUUGAUAUUAGAUAAAGAAGCUAGUGGAUGUGUUUCAGAGUAUGAAGACAGUGAUGGUGAAGUUGAUUCCCCAGGAGACAGUGAAGAAGAUGAUAUUCUAGGGAAGAAGAAGAAAGGCAGGACACCAAUUGUGAACGAGUCUACUGAUUCCAGCAAAUUACAAUGGUGUGUAGGGAUAAGGUUUGGCAACGCAGAGAAGUUUACAGAGGCUAUUACUAGGUAUGCAGUUGCUCAAGGAAGAAAUUUGACUUACAAUGUUAGUGAUCAAAACAGGAGCCAAAGAUUAGGCGUGAAAUGUGCACCAGGCUGCAAGUUUUCUCUCUAUGGUUCUUGGGACUAUAAACAGGACUGUUUUGUGGUGAAAUCUGUAAACAACAACCAUAACUGUUUUAGAGACACGAGUAGGAACAAACAACUGAAGUCGAAGUGGAUGGCCAAAAAUUUAUUGGAAGUCUUUAAAGCUACACCCCACUAGCUCGGGAAGCAAAUUGUUGAUGCCGUUAAGAAGAAAUGGAAAGUGGUUAUCAAGAGAACAUUAGCUUACAAAAUAAAGUAUGAGGCUAACAAAAUGUUACAUGGUUCAAUGAAGGACCAUUAUGCUAAGGUUGGUAGCUAUUUAAUGGCUUUGAGGAAGGCAAAUCCUAAUUCAUUCUUUGACUUAUUCACAGAUCCUAAGGUCUUCAGAAAUCCAUUUAUUUUUCAAAGGCUGUUUGUAUGCUUUGAUGGGUUGAGAUGUGGUCUUCUAAGUAGUUGUAGAAGGGUAGUUUGUUUAGAUGGCUGCUUUCUAAAGACUUUUUUGGGUGGAAUGCUGCUAGUUGUUGUUGGGAGAGAUGGGAACAAUCAAAUGUUUCCCUUAGCUUGGGCAGCCGUGGAGGGUGAAAACAACAACUCUUGGGAAUAGUUUUUAUCUAAGUUACAGUUUUGUUUGGAGAUAACAAAUGGAGAAGGUUGGACAUUAAUAUCUGACCAACAAGAGGUGAUUAUCUAGAGACCGGAUUAGAGGAAGAUAACUAGGAGCAUCAGGACUUAAGGUAAGUUUCUCUGCCAAUCCAAAAUUGUUUCAUCGUAUUAUAUGCUUACUAUGCAUUAUGUGAUUAAGUGUAAAUUUUAAAUGUGUACUAUUUUGGAUGACUAAGAAUUUGUGAAAUAUUGGAGAUAUAUUUUGGGAUUUAAUCCCUAGUAUGACUUUGGAGUGAAUUUUUAUGUAAAAGAAUUUUGGAGUAUUUAUGAAUGUGAAUUUUUGGUAGACGUAUCUAUUAAAUAGAUAUUCUGUAGGACUAUAUAUAGAAAGAUGAUUUUUCAAUGAAUAAUGUUUUUCAAUAAUUAUUGACAUCUCGAGAGAAACACGAGGUGUGGGUGGUUAGAGCUAUAUACCGCGGGUUUAGUUUAGGUUUAUGAUGAUUAUUGGUGGCGGGAGAAAUCCCGGUAAAUAUUGGUGGCGGGAGAUUCCCGAAUUUCUUUUGAGAACUUUAAAAGUUCUUUGGUGGCCGCGGUAGUAGUUUCUAAUUACCCGGGUUUCUAACCCAUUGUGAGGUAGGGGGACGUUGUCCGAACUACUUGGACUUCUUACUACUCGGAGGGCUUGGAAUCCCUUUUAGGGGGUGUGCACACUUAAGGGUGAAGUUCAGUUUCCAAUUGGUGGUCGGUGGGAGCCGGAAUUCCAGGAUGAGUCGUACGCAACAACGAUUCAUUGGGCUCGAGGAAUCUUGAGUUUCGCCCGUCUUAAAAGAAUCUGAAAGUGACAUUGAUUUCGGAAUGGUGAUAUUUUUAGCUACAAAAGUUAUUUUUGAAAAGUGAUACUUCUUUUGAGAUAUUAAUUAAUUGUUGGGAGCUUAUAAAUAUUAUUCUUAAUUAUAAGGGUAUUUGAGAUUGUUGAUAAAUAAUGUUUUGAAAAGAAUUUCGGUG